UGAAUAAUCACUCAGGCAGUCAAACUCAAUCCCAAUCCCAAUGACACCACCUCAACUCCCGGAAUGAGCGACGAGGGUGGUGGUGGUGGUGGUGAGGUGUGUGGCAGUGGCAGGGACAGUGGUAGUGGCAGUGGUAGUGGCAACUCAAAUCCCCAUCCGCAUGCCCAUCUCCAUCUCCAACCCCAACCUCAACCCCAUGUCCCGGAAGCAAGCAGCAUGAUCACUCCGCCCCGUCAUUCCAUUCCCUCAAUGUCCGUUCUGGAAGCGGGAAUCUGCCCCGAUGGAUGUCGCUAUUCCCGUGGUCCAUUUCACUCUCGACUACAUCAUGCGUUGCGCUGUAGCACUGUAGCACUGUAGGACUGUAGGACUGUAGCACUGUAGCAUUGGGAGUAACAUGCAUGGAUGGAGGGAUGGAUGGAUAGCAUGGAUAGCAUGGAUGGAAAAUGGAUAACAUAAGUCGGAUGGGAUGGAUAAGUCGGAUGGGAU